GUGGAGUUCCCUCAGACACCCCAGCCAUCAGAAACGAUUCUCCCAUCAUCAUCUGAACCACCAAGCGAAGUUUCAGGAACAGAAGUUGAUGCAUUUGGGAUUAUUGGUCCAAGGGGUGAACCAGGUUACAAGGGUGAACAAGGAACAAGAGGUUCUCCUGGCAUACCUGGACCACCAGGGUUGCAUGGAACCCCAGGACAACCAGGCCCUCCAGGACCAUCCCCUGAUAUUUCACCAUGGAUUUCUCAACUAUCUCAGUCACAAGGUGGUCCUAACAAGGGUCCAGGAGUGGAUGCACUGAGUUACUUGCAAGCUCAAGUAGGCCCCAUUGGAGCCAGAGGGCCUCCAGGCCCACAGGGUCCACCAGGACCUCAAGGGUUCCAAGGGGCCAGAGGAGAACCUGGAGAUGUUGGGCCACCUGGUCCACCUGGUGGCACUGGACCAAGAGGACUCCCUGGACCAAUUGGCAAAGAUGGAAUUCCAGGUGAUGAUGGACUUCCAGGUCCAACUGGUAGUCCUGGGCCCCCAGGAAGUAGAGGUUUGCCUGGCAUGCCUGGCCUACCUGGACCUAAAGGUCACCGUGGGUUCUCUGGACUUGAUGGAGCAAAGGGAGAGCAAGGGCCAAUGGGAGAAAAGGGUUCACCUGGACCUCAAGGAGCCAUGGGACCACAAGGACCAGUGGGACCAGCUGGCUCCAGAGGAGAAAGAGGAAGAGAUGGUCCACCAGGUCCACCAGGUAUCAGAGGUUUGGAUGGCAUGACUGGAGCACCUGGUACCCCAGUGAGUCUGGAAACAUUGGCAAGCCCGGGCCACCAGGGUUCCCAGGAAGCCCUGGAGCCAAGGGAGACCAAGGACCCCUUGGACCAAAGGNAAAGCGAGGUGUUUCUGGACCAAUGGGUCCUCAAGGUCCGCAAGGACAGAGAGGAUUGCCUGGAGCACAAGGCCUUCCAGGACCUGAUGGACCACUUGGACCAAAAGGGCAAACUGGUGAUGUUGGACCUCCUGGAUCAUCUGGUCCCAAGGGAUCUCAAGGUGAUCCCGGCCGACCUGGACCACCAGGACUUGCAGGGCUCAGGGGUCUCCCAGGAAGACCAGGGUUGA